AUAAUAAUGUACAGUAUACCAAAUAAAAAUUCAGGUCAUUGGAGGCAAGCUUUCGCGCCUUAGUGCUCAUCGCAGGCUUGCAGCAUCACGCCUUCAAUUAAAAUGAAAAUCCCGGUCCGCUCCUCCGCAAAAGCGUAGAAUUCGAACGCGGUGGCUUUUGCGCCUUUCAUUCAGUAUUAUGUUUCCGUUUCUCCUCCAAACCUUGUGGAUUUUGACUUUUGCCGCAAAUGUUUAGUACUCUUCGCCAUCUCAGCCCUACUCCUCCCCAGCUCCGCCACCUGUCAACGGCCGCCGCCGCCGCCGCCUGGUACAACCCGCCGAAAACCCUCCACCAGCCUCUUUCCGAAUAUUCAUCGGACCCAAUUCUGAUAACUCUCUCAGAAGCCAUAAAGAACUCCCACCAUAAACCCCUCCAAACCUCACUCAAAACCCUCCUCCCAUCCCUUAAAUCCAAACACAUCAUCAACCUCAUAAACCUAAAUCCCCACGACGUUUCCCCGGAAUCCCUUUACUCUUUCUUCACAUGGCUGUCUUCUCAUUCUUUAUCCACCCCUUUUCGCCACACCAUCCUUUCUUAUUUCACCAUGGUCCAUUUCCUCUGCACCCACAAAAUGCUCCAACAUGUUCCCGGGCUCAUCAAUACUGUUGUUUCAAGGAGAGGGAAAGAUUCAGCUGCAGAAUUGUUUGGAGCUAUUCUAAAGACCAAGGGUGCUCAAAGAUCCAAUCUUUCUGUGAUAUUCAAUGAUCUGAUGCUAGCUUAUUUGGAAUUAGGCCUCCUUGAUGAUGCGAUUCAAUGCUGUAAGUUGAUUAGAGAGCAUAAAUUUCCUGUCCCUUUUGAAGCUUGUCUCAAAAUUCUUAAUCAUUUUAUGAAAUUAAAGUCACCGGCGAUGAUAUGGGAUUUUUAUAAGGAGAUAUUGCGUGGCGGGUUUCCUCCAGACUUGUAUUGUUUUAAUAUUUUGAUGAAUAAAUUCGGUAAACUAGGUCAGAUAAAGGAAGCUCAGUUGGUGUUUGAUGAAAUUGGCAAAAGAGGCUUAAGACCUAGCGUUGUUAGUUUCAACACUUUGAUAAAUGGAUAUUGUAGAGUGGGUAAUUUGAAUGAAGGAUUUAGGUUGAAGAAAGAAAUGGAGGAGCGUGAUAUCUUGCCUGACGUUUAUACAUACAGUGUUUUGAUUAAUGAGUUGUGUAGGAAGGGUAAGUUAGACGAUGCCGAUGAGUUAUUCAAUGAGAUGUGUGGGAAAGGAUUAGUUCCCAAUCAUGUUACUUAUACUACAUUGAUCAAUGGGCAUUGCAAGAAUGGAACAUUCAGUUCGGCCAUGGAGAUUUAUCAGCAAAUGUUGAAGCAAGGAGUACAACCAGAUGUAAUCACUUAUAACACUUUGGCCGAUGGGCUAUGCAAGAUUGGAGAUUUAAGCAAGGCAAGGAGCCUUGUGGAUGAAAUGACCGAGAAAGGUUUGAAGCCUGACAAGAUUACGUAUACAACUCUAAUUGAUGGAUUAUGUAAGGAGGGAAAUCUGGAAGAAGCAAUGGAAAUAAGAAAAGGCAUGAUCAAGGAAGCGAUUCAGCUCGAUGAUGUUGCAUAUACAGCUCUGAUAUCAGGUCUUUGUAGGGAGCAGAAAUUUGUGGAAGCGGACAAAUUAUUGAGGGAAAUGGUGAAUGUCGGCUUGAAACCUGAUGAUGGUGCUUACACUAUGGUCAUGGAUGGUUUUUGCAGGAAAGGAGAUGUUAAAAAGGGCUUUAAACUGAUGAAGGAACUGCAAAGAGAUGGACAUAUACCUGGUAUUAUAACUUACAAUGUUCUAAUGAACGGAUUAUGCAAGUUAGGACAAAUGAAGAAUGCUGAAAUGCUACUACAUGCUAUGCUUAAUGUAGGAGUUAUUCCGGAUGACAUUACUUUCAAUAUUCUGUUGGAAGGUCAUUGUAAGAAUGGGAACCCUGAGAAUACAGAGAAACUGCGGAGGGAGAAAGGGCUUAUUUUGGAUUACGGUUCUUACUCCUCUUUGAUUAGUAGUUUAAGUAAAACCUCAACACGAUCCAGAAAUAGAUGAUGAACAAGUUCAAAGGAGAACUGAAAUGUAGAUGUCAGAAAUACUUACACUGUUCAAUUGUAUUUUUUUGGAAAAUCGUCUGAUGAAAAUGUACAUUUUCUGCUCAGUUGGUCCUUUUAAGUUUUUCCCUUUGCAGGUGCGGUCUAGAGUGAUGAUACACACAGCAAUGAAUACAGUAAGGAGAGUAAUGGGCUAGAAUUAUUUGUGAGGCCUAUCUUCAUUCUUCACAGGCUUAAGAUAAUUUUGAAACCCGCUCUGAGAUAAUGAGCUUCUUGAACUAAAAUCCAUAUUCUUCAUUGAACUGGAACUACAUUCGCCCAAACGGGCUUAAGAUAAUUUUGAAGCCGUUGUAUUUCUCUUUUAAAGUCUGGGUUUCUAGAUUCUACGUUCACCCAUUUA